AUAUUAGUACCAUUAAAGUUGUUAUAUUAAAUAUAAUACAAAAGCACAAAUGUUGCCAAGUAAUUGACAUUUACGAGCUUUCAUUCAUUUCAGCUAAAAUUGACCUCAUUAUCCAUUGAAUCUAAAUAUGUUAUCAUACCUAAUUGAACAUCUUAAUUACGAAUGUGGAGGUUCAUUAUAAACUUAUCUAUAUCGUUGAAUACUUCCUUAAGAGCGUUGAUAGUAUUAAAGUGAAGACGCAAAUUUGCGCCUCGGAAUUAUAUUAAUGUGAACCGAACAUCAACAGAAAAAUAUAAAAAUAAGGGAUUCUCUUUUUAAUUCUGUACGGCUAGUUGAUUAGAAUAUUUGGCAAACAUAAGACUGAACGGUAUGGUUCAGGUUGAUAAACCAAAGCUGUUCAUAGCUAUGAUGUUCGAUAGAUUAAAUCUUUACCAGUUUAUUACAAGCUGUCAAAACAAACCUGGCGCUUGUUUCUUUUUUGGAACUAUCUUCUUUCUAAUGAUUUCGUCAUAUACCUCUAAUUUCAAUGGUGCUACUUGUGGCUACGUUAAAAAUGAUAAAGGUACCGUUGGUCUUGCUGAAGUUGCCGUUAGAUUGAACGUCUUAAAAGUUAAUGAACAAUAUGAUGCUGCUACUUUAAAAUUCCCAGUGUUGGUUUUCAAGUAUACUGAUCGUGAAAACUUUACAAACAUUCCAACUUUAGAUGUGUUCAGAAAAUAUUAUGAGUCUGAUGAUAUUGAAUUUGGAGAUUAUUUGAUUAAUUCAGAUCAUAAAUUUAGAUUGGAUGUUGCUGAAGGUAAGACAUUAAAUGAAGAUGAAUUAUACAACGACUACCUCAUGCUCUAUAACUCAACCUUGAAAGGAAAACCACAUAUGCGGGCUAGUUUCAACGUAACGAGAUCAGGAUUAUAUUGUGCUUAUGUUGCUACUCCACCUCUACAUGGUGCUAAGAAAACUAUUAAGUUAGGUAUUGGCUUCAAAAAUUCAUUUGGUAAAUUUAGUUACUAUGCCCAAUUACUUUCAUCUCAGUUGAAAUAUUUUUUUAUUACUACAAGUCUUAUUUUAACCUGCAUCUGUUAUGAUCAUCAUCGUUUUACGAAACAAGGAGUCAGCGUUAAUUUUGACUCGAUUUCACGGAUAUUUGGUAUGGUCAUGUCCUACUUCGCUGCGAAGAUAAUAUUCAACAUAAUUUCAGUCAUCUGUCUCUAUUCAUCGAAUGAAUUUAGUGAUUUUUCAUUAAAAAUGAAUUAUAUUAGUAAUGUUUCGUUGUUAUUUAUUACCUAUGAUAGUAUUCUUAGAGCUGCCUUGGGAUAUGGUACUAUCUCCGCAAUAAAUUUUGAGACAUUUGUACCAGUCAAUUUAUCAGCUCUGGUACUUUUAAGCUUUUUUUUAAGCUUCAUAGAAAUGGUUUUGGUAGAUCCAUUCGACAAUUCAUCUUCAUCUAUAUUGUACUCAAGUUGGUUCAAAGAUAUACUAUUCAUUUCAGCUCAGUUGUUACCAACUGUUUGGAAGGUUGUCAUUGUUGCUUGUUUUAAUCGUACAAAGAAAAUUAUGAUACUCAAAGGACAAACUCGAUAUUUAAACCCACUCCAGCAAUCCAUACUUUUCGUAAUAGUUUCACCUAUCAUUUGUGCUGGUAUCACAAGCAAAAUGUUCAACACUAAUUUUAAAAAAGUAUUGUUAUUUCAUCCAUUGUAUGAUAUCCCUGCCACUAUCAUGAAACUCAGAGUGGUUUAUUUUGAUGUCUUGAAUACAAGUGUAUCAGAAGUAGGAAAAUUGGAUCCAAAUCUUAACUUGGCUAGUAUUUGGAGUGAAGCUUUAAAUAUCUAUGCUAAUGUUAUUUUCAUUUAUUUCACUUGGUUCAAGGAUAAUAAAGGAUCAUUAUUUGUGAUUGAAGAUGUAGAAGCAAAAUAUGAACCAUUAGAUGUUAAGGAAAAGGAAAAAGAAGAGAAUGAAUGAGCGAUGGCAAUUUAAAUUACUUGGGUUUUAUGGGUGUUUUAUUCUAUUUAGAUAAUGUGUAUUUGUACAAUAAUAUAAAGGUUAGAUAUUAAUAUUUUAAUUGAAGUAAGUCUUAGACC